AUUUUUUCCAGUUUCGUUGCCUGGCCCAGGUGCUGCGUUGGAUUUUGGCUGAAACCUGCGUACGGUAGUUUGUCGUGUAUCUGUAAGAGACAUUGGUCCACACAUUCCUUAAUAUAUUUCAGACGCACCUUGGUCUUAUGGAACCACAGGAUCUGAAUCUCGUGUUAUAGAAAUGGACAGACACGGCUGGAUAACAAAAUUCACAGCUCUUCGAUUUUUCCUGGGUGGCAUUGAAAUCUACAUUAUCGCGCCUACAGCAUGGUAUUACAUCAGAUCCCUGGGUCAAACCAAGUUUUUUCUCGCUUUAGUCUUCACUUCGUACAAUGUUGGCGCCAUUAUUGCCGGACCCUUAUUCGGAUUCUUAACAGAUAGAUUUGGAAAUCCUAAGUUUAUGUUCAGCUGCUGUUGUGCGAUGAAAGUGUUUGCCAGUAUUCUAUAUAGUGUCAACUACAGCGCAUAUUUCCCUCUUUUUGGAAGGCUAAUGACAGGACUAAGUGGGGACAUAGCAAUUCUUCUUGGACAAGUUGCAUUACAGACCGACGAAGAAAGUCGUGGAGAGAACUUCGUAUUCCUAGAAGGUGUAUAUUGUCUUGGUGCGGUAUUUGGUCCUGGAAUUGGAAGUUUUAUUACGUUUCGUGCCUAUAUAUUUGGUUGGCAAAUAGAUGAAGGAAAUUCGCCUGGGCUUGUGUUAGCAAUCAUAUAUGCUCUCUUCCUCAUUGCUUCUUUUCUGUUACCAAAAGACAUUUGGGUGGAAAGUGUCGCACGUAAUACCCAGCCACCCUCGAGUGAUUGUAAAGAAGUCAAGAAACGAGAUGAUCUUAAUCACCGUGAACAAAAGUUGCCCGAAAACCUGACCCCUGGUAAAAAACGAAGCACGAUAUGGAAUUCGAGAAUCUUGUGUCUUCUUUUUCUUAUAUUUUCCAGCGAGAUAUUCUCGAGUACAGCUACUUUCUUAACCCCCAUUUUGGCACUGGACCACUUUCAUUUGGAACUCAUUCAUGUCAAAUAUUUUUUCUUGAACUGCACUUUGUUCACCCUGGUUUUGUUUAUCUGUCUUUAUCGCGCCUCAGAGUGUAUUGAUGAAAGGAAGCUAUUUUUUGCCGCCUUGAUGAUGGAAAUUAUUGCCAUAGCAUUUCUGAUGUCUUUGGCAUUAACGUGGGAUCAUGUCACAAGCGUCCAAUAUUAUAUUCUGCUAACAUACAUUUGUUUUGGCAUGCCAUAUUUCGCAAACCCCUUGGGAAAUUCUAUUCUCUCAAAGAUAACCCCACCUGAAAAAGCAACAUUCAUCCAAAGUAUAUCACUUGCGUCUGUACAUUCAGCUAUUGCAUUAAGUCGAGUGUUGUCCAGUUUUGCACUUAGUAAAAUGAGCCUAAUAGGUUACUGUCUUUUCAUGGCCAGCAACUGGUUGAUUGGUAUUAUAUGGUAUAGCGCACAGUAUCGAAGAAUGACUUCGCUUUAGGGUUAGGGUUGUGGCUAGGUCUACGCUAUACGUCGCA